AUGCCGGACAAGCCCUCGUCAUUUCUGACCUGGGCUGCGCCCGUGACCUCCCAGCUGAGUGAUCUGUCUCAGCCUGUGUCCUUCAUAGCUCUGCACUCGGCCGACCCGGCCCCCAGUGGGGUGAGAACUGACCUCUCCCUUCUCUCCUGUGCUGUGUCCACCGCUCGGGGCCGAUGGCCGUGGCCUCUGGUUCCUGUGCCCACAGCAGCCGGCUGUCAUGCGGCCGCCAGUUCUGAGACCCUGCAGUGUGAGGGCCCUGUCAGCACCUGGGACAGCGGCUGCCGCCCCGGGGAUGACUUGGGCUCCCGGGAAGUGGACUACCAGGCCCGGGGCUACACGUUCAGCCGACCCAUCCGUCUGGUCGUGUCCUACGACUGGCUGGUCCUCCAAGGCCCGGCCGCUCCCAUCUUCGAAGGGGACCCUCUGGUUCUGCGCUGCCAGGCCUGGCGAGGCUGGCCCCUGGCCCAGGUCACCUUCUACCGAGAUGGCUCUGCUCUGGGUGCCCCCGGACCUGACAGGGAAUUCUCGAUCGCUGUGGUUCGAGAGGCGGACAGCGGGCAUUACCACUGCAGCGCCAUCUUCCGGAGCCCUGGUCCGGGGAGACCAGAAACGGCAUCCUCCGUGGCGGUCACCGUCCAAGAACUGUUUCCCGCUCCGGUGCUCAGAGCCACGCCCUCGCCAGAGCCCCAAGAGGGCAGCGCCGUGACCUUGAGCUGCCAGACAAAGCUGCCCCCGCAGAGGUCGGCCAUCCGCCUCCUCUUCUCCUUCUACAAGGGGGGCCGGGCCGUGCGCGGCCGGGGCCUGUCUCCAGAGCUGCAGGUCCCCGCAGCCGCAGAGGCCCACUCGGGGUCCUACUGGUGCGAGGCCGCCACCGAGGACAACCACGUGUGGAAAAGGAGCCGCCGGCUGGAGAUCAGGGUGCAGGGUCCCUCGAGCUCUGGUGCACCACCUACCUUGAACCCCGCUCCUCCGAAAUCCGCGGCUCCAGGAAUGCCUGCUGCGGAGCCACCCAGGCCUCUGCCUCCACCGCCCAGCCCUUCCUCAGGGGGCCCAGCGCCCCCCUCUCCCCUGCAGGCCUCCGACCCCCACCUGCACCACCGGAUGGGCCUUCUCCUCAGACAGAUGCAGGAUGUGCGCGUGCUCCUCGGCCACCUGGUCAUGGAGCUGAGGGACUUGUCUGGCCACCUGAAGCUGGACACCCGGAAGGGCACUGCCAAGCAGGUGUGAGCAGUUCACCUGCAGUGUUGCUCAGACCCCAAUAA